GGCCCCCACAAACAUUGAUGUGAUUUAUAUAGAUGAUUAAUACUACACAGAGAUCAACAAAAAAUCGCCAUGGGAGUAGCAGCUCACUUCAAUCGUUUCUGGUUCCUUCUCUUCAUCCUCUAUUUCUCCAUCUCCCUCUCCUCCAUUUCUGGAUCCGAAGAGGAUUGUGUUUACAGUGCAUACAUCCGAACUGGAUCAAUCAUAAAAGGUGGAACGGAUUCGAUCAUCAGUUUAACUCUGUACGAUGCAAACGGGUACGGUAUUCGAAUAAAAAACCUGGAAGCUUGGGGUGGGCUUAUGGGCCCGGGUUACAACUAUUUUGAGAGAGGAAAUUUGGAUAUCUUCAGUGGUCGAGCUCCAUGUUUGACGGCGCCGAUCUGUAAAAUGAACUUGACUUCCGAUGGAACAGGUUCAGGUCAUGGAUGGUACUGUAACUACGUUGAGGUCACCGUCACCGGAGUCCAUAAACAAUGCAACCAACAGAAUUUCGAAGUCGAACAGUGGCUCGCCACUGAUGCGUCGCCUUAUCAGCUUACUGCCAUUAGAGAUCUAUGUAAGAAGAAGACCAAGUUCGAUGAUGAGCGUCUGCCGGUUAGCGAAAUUGAAUCUACUCCACAUGUUUCUGUGAUGUAAGUCUACGGUUAUAAGGCUUUAUCGGGCCGGGCCAGGACACUUUCCUCUUUUAUCCUUGUGAGUGUGAAAUUUAUCAGGGACAAGAAUGGUAUUUGAUGAAAUGUCAUUGUUCUAGUGUGAUAAUAUUAUUGUAUGGUGGAAUAAUAAAGUUGACUUUUUUAACUUUGUGAA